AUGAGUCUUCGACACAGCGACAGCAGAAACAACGACGCUCUGCCGGUUGCCGAGGGCGAGACCUCUGCUCAGCAGUCGAGUAUGCUCGGCGCUGCUUCCACCGAAACGACCGCGCCGCACGCAGCAGAUCCCGCCUCGGAUGCGACCGCGAUUCCAGAUGCCGAUCCAUCAUCACCACCAAAGAAACUUGAACCCAAGCUUUGCGGCGUAUGCGGCAUACAACCGGGGAAGUACAAGUGCCCGCGAUGCUCCGUGCCAUACUGCUCGGUGGCCUGUAGCAAGCAACACAAAGAGAACCAUCCGCCCGACCCUCCAAAGUCAGACCAAACCUUCGCAGCCUUGAACACCGCCCAAAACACCCCGGCCGACGACGACCCCUACAGCAUUCUCCUCGACCACCGCAACGCCUUCCAGCGCCUUUUCGCGAGAUACCCGUCCCUCGCCGCCGAGCUGACCCGCAUCCAGGCCACCACCCUCCCGCCAGCCGAGACCCCCGGCUCUGCCUUCAACAUACCCGGCCUAGGCCCCUUCACAGCCAACACAGGUCGAAACCGACAGGAGCCCUGGACGAAGGAUGUUGGUCUGCGCAGGGGCGCCGAGGCGCUGCGCAAAGCGAGGAUGGACCCCAGCGACACCGGCGACGGGGUGCGUGAGUUUUGCGAAUUGGUGCGGUUCCUGUUGUCAAAGAAGAGGGAGGGCGUGGAGAGGGUCAGGGAAGAGGUGGUUGCUGCCGAGACGAGGGUUAUUGAGCGGUUGCUGAGGGAGGAAGGGGGUUGUUGAAGCCCUGCAAGCUAGGGAGGUGUUUGGAUUGUUAAGUUCUGUACGAGUUUGGUGGAAUCACCACCCGGGAGCGCCAUUGAGGGCUCCUGGGCAACACACCGCGCGAGCGAUAUGAGAUGCCCGCACGCAUGGUCAUCGUAUCAUUAUCAUUUACCAUACACAUCCCCAUGUCAUGACGCCAAGCAAG